AAGAAAAAAGUGCAAAUUGGGAAUGCUUUGUCUUUCGAUGAUCGUAAAGACAGAAGGUGUAGGAGGAGGAGGAGGGGGAAGAAGAAAACGAAGAUAAACGAGCACGACAACGACGACAACGACGGGGAGAGGAGUACGUUCGCUCGAUUGCAAAGCUGCCAAACGUUAGAAUAACGGGUGAGAGCGGGGAGGAGGUUCGUUAGAAGAUUCGACUACGAUCUAGCGAAAAUGUUACGCGCGUGUUAAAAUCGGCUCGGCCGAGAGCUUAAAUGAUAAGCAUAUGCAUCUAUAUUAUGUGAAAGAGGGUGAGUCUAUCGUCAAGGAAGAUAUGAAAGUGCGCGAUAAGUGAAAUAUAUAUAUAUUUUUUUCCCUAUACCAAUUAGUUUUAUUUAUUAUCGUUAACUCGUGUCAGAUUAUAUUCGUUCGUGUUGAUUUCGAUUACGCGCCGUUUUCCUCGCUGUGUCUGUCCGUCUGUCUGUCUGUCUCUCUCUCUCUCUCUUUCUCUCUCUCUCUCUCUCUCUCUCACUUUCUUUCUUUUUCUUCCUCGUUGAACGCAGUGAUAUAUCAACAAGAAAGUUUUUAUUCACGCAGUUAAUGUUUUUUGUUGCUGAUGUGUUCUGUUACCGGUGUAAUCUUCAAAAAGAAAGUUAUAUAAAUAAAUAAUACAUCAUCGUCGUCGUUCUGAUUGAAAAGUAAAGAUAAAUGAUAUAAACAACUGUCCGUCUUAUUAAUUCUUCAAAUCGGAACGUAUCGGAAUGUAUCGGAACGUAUCGGAAUAAACGAUAAAGUGUUCGUCGUCAUUCGUCGUCAGUUGUUUUCGGUAACUCGUCGUGUCCGGGUCUCGCGUUCGACGUGUUUCUUUACUGUAAGUGAACGACUACUGUUGUUGUUGUUCCUUCACUUUUCUCGCGUUCGUUCUAUUUAAUUAUAUUAUUAUUGUAAUAAUAUAAUACAUAUAUAUAUAUUAUUAGUGCCGGAUCUAACAGUGUGCGACAAUUACGAGUGUGUUCAUAAUUAUUCCAUGGUUAUUAUUAUUUGUAUUACUGUUCGACGUUUCUGCAAAGACACAAGGGAUUACGCGCGUGGUCAAUGCAGGACGACGACGACGAAGACAAUUAAAAACAACGACGAUUACACGAGAAUUACGACGACAUCAUUUUCUUCUACGUUAGACAAUCUGUGGUAUGCGUAAACCAAAGGACGACGAGGGUAGUAGAGGCGUAAAGCAUGGAACAGUAGCUCUAGUUCUCGGUAUUACCUUUGGUUCAAAGGGUGUCGGAGAGGGUCUACUCGCUUUGGAGCGUAUCGAGGGCCGAACAACCGGCCGGUGAGCACCGCAACGGGGGGUGCAACCCCGUUGCCUCGGUCAACGUCUACAAACCACCCUCGAGUCUGUUACCGUCGACGAACAACAGAACAGAUGUCCUGACAGCGGGCCCCGGGCCACCAGGAUGCCGACAGACGACGACUAUGGCCGAAGAGAACGUCACCUGUUGCACCAGCACCCGAUUGCCCAAUACGGGCCUUCGUCAUCCCCAAUUCCAGGGCCCAAUAGUGGAAACCCCGGGAGUGUCGGGACACAAAUUGUUGCCGGUAACCAAACGGAUUGCUAUAAACAGCAGCAACAACAACAACAACAACAACAACAACAACAGCAGCAGCAGUUGCAGCAGCAACAACAGCAGUCCGAUUCGCGAUCAACGCCAACAAUCCCUGGCACGUCAAACCAAGAUCGUUAUCAAACCGAUCAGCAAGUUCAGAGCAACGAUCACAGCGAGUAUGGUGUCUCUCGUGAGAGAAUCUCGGCGAUCGAUCGGCACGACAAGUCAACGGACAAGUCCUCAAUCGAGGAUUAUGGCAAAUCCAAUGUCGAGACUCGAUCGGUUCAGUCGAGCUGCGAGCGAUUCGGACAUUACCAAAAUCAGGAGAGAUUCGGUCAAUCCGGGUUGCAAGCUCAUCACCAAUACACCGGAAGACAAACUAGUUCUAGCCAAUCCUUGUCGCAGAACGUCCUUGUCGACCGAUUCGCUCGAUUCACUGAUCUCAGCAACCUCCAUGCCGAACAAAGAUUGUCUAUACCGCCAGGAGAUCGGUUUCAGGUCGCUAACGGGGGUGAAUUGCGUUUCCAUCAUGUCAGCAACGAUCCCGGACUUGCAUCAACGAACAACGAGUACGCGAACGCAAACGUCCUCGUAUCUUCGUGCACGUCAAGCUCCUUCUCGUCGGAGACCUUUCCGUCGCCACCCUCACCGGCACCAGCCAACGAUCGGUUCGUGCCGCCCCCGCCCCUCUCGCCCAGCCCAAGCGAGAAAUAUGCCUCGUCCCAGAGCCUGGUUGGUUAUCCUCCUGCUGAUAGGAUUUUGCCCCCCGGUUCUCCGGGCGCCAGAUAUGGCGGUGGAACAGCACCAGCCUCGCCUAUGCCAACGAAGGACCGAUACUCUUCGGGUGAACGAUUGUUGGCCAAUCAACAACAAUCGAGUUGCAACGCGGCGAGCAGCAUGCACGAUGUCAAGGAUCAACAACAGCAACGAUACACUGGGAACAAUGGGGAUCGUCUCUUGUCGGGAUCUUCGCCAGUGUUGGGAGCCCUUCAGACCAAUUUACAAAUCGACAGGAACAUCCUUGGAAGUUACGUCGGAUCAGGAAAAGAUUCGCCAGCGUCGAGAUACACAACGAUCUCGACUGAGAGAUUAUUAUCGGCAUCGCCGAUUCACGCACCCGUACCCGAAAGAUUCGCCGGUAAAUCAUCCGACAGAUACGUACACGGGGAAUCACCGAUCCAUGAACGUUAUCACCGUUCCCAACAAGAGACAUCAUCGAGUUUGCACCACGAUCGUUACUCAUCGAUCGCAACGAGUAACGAAAGGUUUUUCCCGUUACCCGCGUCGACUAACGAAGGUACGCAUCAAAGAUAUUCCACGGCGACGGAGAGAUCUAUUCAGGUGGUAUCAAAUGCGAACGAUCAAAAUAGACGACACUAUGCCGACAGAACGGUCGAGGCAGUUUGUCAAAAAUAUUCCGAAAGAUCGAAUGGAUCGAAUCAGGUUGGACAAGGUGCCGGCGUCAACAACGGUAACGCGGAAUACGUUAGAUACUCGAAUUUUCAUGAUGUCAGAUUCAACGAGCUCGUUAUACAAAGAUCAUGUGGUCAGGCACGCGGUAACGGGGAAAGAUACUCCGUUGGUGGGGUCGCUUAUCUCACGGCAUCGUCACCAGGACACGAGGGUAGAUCGUCGAACCUACCAGAAACGUCGUCGUCGUCUUCUUCAAGGUACGUCGUCGUCACAGAUUCGAACCCAACCGAACGUAUCCUGGCCGCCGCGACGUCGUCUUCACCGUCGUCGUCUUCGGAAACUGGAACGCGCUAUCAUUCGCCGUACGCGAAUGCCAAUGGCAUCCAGUCGUCAUCGGCGACGACGGUUAACGAUCGUUUCUCCACGAUUUCACCGACCCCAGAAACGUCAGGUACGGUACUCCGAGGUACCGUUGCAAAUGUUGGACCAAACGGAACCUAUCAGACAUCGUCGAAGAACGGAGGAGAUAAGUUCCUCCAAGUGUCGAAGUCGGUCCAAAGCUAUGCCAACGACAGAUAUUCGCUCGGGAACGAGCAUCAGUUUGACAGACCGGUUCAAGACCGAUACGACAGGUUUCCGGGGUCAGGGGGCUCAAACGAUCGAUUCUCAUCGUCUACUACCACUCCUGACCGCUUUCACCCUCCUUCUGAUCGAUACUCUCCGGCACGUAGCGUCCCGGACAAGUACCUGUCCUUACCGAAACCAAAAGAUAGGUUUACCGGUAGGAUAGCGCCGAUCUCUAGCUGCGCCAAUUCUUCCGUCGUUCCUACGUCGACCGAUAGGCCCUACGGAUCAUCGAGUACAGGCACUUACGUCCCGCCGACGGCUCACACUCCGGUCGAACGGUAUGUGCCGCAACCACCUCCGGAGGUGCUCUAUCCGGACAGGUACGUGGACAGGUACGUACCACCGGUUGCCCAUACCCCAACGGAUCGUUACGUGCCCACGAACGACCCCGGUGAUCCGUACAUGAGAAGAGACCUGGGCUUCCAUCAUCAUUACCGGCUACCACCACCAGCCGGAUAUCCGUACCACCAGGCGCACUUCCGGUUCCGCGGUUUCGCCUACGCGUCACCGGCUCGUCUAGGUGGAAGUCCAGGUUCCAGUAGCUCUAGCAGCUCAGCAACGUCGAAUCAAAGAGGUGUUGGGAGCGGUGGAGGCGGAGGAGGAAGUGGUAGUGGUGGUGUUGGUGGUGGUGGAAAUGGCGGAGGAGGAAAUGGUGGAGGAGGUGGCGUAGUCGGAGGAACUGGAGGUGGGGGAGGGAUUGGAGGUGGAGAAAGCUUCUCGACGUCACCGUUGCUCAGGCCAAAGUUACGCACGUCUGCGGUUGAAUUUACGACUAAUUCUGCUGGCAUCGUAGCGAGACACGUUUGCGCCAAUCCACCAUCUUGUUGUAACGAAGCUACAAAUGCUAACGGACAAAGGCCAUGUUGUCAACCAAUAAGAAGAUCUCUACCACCUGGUGCGCUGCCAUCUAUACCGGCACAAUCCACUCAUUCAUCAUGGCAACCGUCACCGAGUUCCGGUACAACGGUAACAUCGACGAUCUCGUCGUCGAAUGGUGGUGGCGAGGGCGAUGGCAAUCAAGUGAUCGGCAUGUAUGCUGUUGGUACAAACGUUCCAACGUCUACGGAGACGUCAACGGUAACACCUGUAACGACAGCAUCAUCAUCAUCAUCAUCAUCGAUUCCGAUGACCGGAAAUAGUACAGUUAUGGGUACUCUUCAUUCAGCAAGUAAUAUUACCAGAAGUAUGUCUGCACCAACUGCUUCAAGGCCGCACGUUCAAAUUACUAGUUCUGCUAGCAUUUCUGCUGGAAAUUCUCAAAGACCAAGACUUCGAAGGAACAUGAGCCGAACUGAAGCUAUUCGAAAUUACAUCAAGCGCGAAACCGCACAAUUCUUUGGCGUUGACGAAGAAACCGAGACCGCGGAAAAGCAGAGAUGGUUGGAUCGACGACGACGAAUGGCAACAAAGUUCACUGGUCUGGUACCGGAACAUAGACCACCGGAUCCAGAUAUUACGAGGGACGUACCGGAUACCACGGACAUACCCGAGGGUGUGACGUUGAGACGAUGGCAACAACCAGUAAGAAGGAAAGACUCUGUUGCAAGGAUGACACUGUCAGGUCUUCACUACGUAGUAGAGUCAAUGACAAGACAACGUCCAAGAGAAAGAUCUCGAACUAGGCCAGAAUCUCGAAGCUUUCCACCUAGCGUAAUCGCGUAUCUGUCAAGGGCAGAAGGUGUAUCAUCCCCUGAAAGCGGCCAGGAAGAAGAAGAAUCGUUUUUCGAAAGACCACCUCCACCACCACCGCCAUUACCUCCGCCAGCUUUGUCGAGUCAGCAACAAUCCCAAACGCAAAUCGAACAGACCAGCGUUGGAUUGGUUAAAGCCGAAGAUGUCGAUAGCAAGAUUGAGAUUCGAGAUUCAGGGAACGAACGUGAUACGAGCGAGGAAUUGGUCAGGUUCGCACAGCAAAAAGAUGAAAGGAGUACGAUUGAUGGACAAAUUAGGAGACCUCAUCAGGUCACGAGGGACCAUUAUACUUCAAGAUAUUACAGAAAAACAAGUUGGAGCAGGUCGAAAUACGACAGCCCAUUGAGGGAAGACACAAGGAUGCAACAUGACGAUGGUGUAUCUCUGAGAAGGGAAAUGACCGGUGGUACGAGAAUCUCACCUAGUACCAUCGAUCGUGUCUUCGAUAAUAGUAAUCGACGGCAAUAUGGCAUGGGAAUCGUUGGACGAUUCUUUGGAAGAUCCUUUCGAAAGAGUGUAACCAAUAAACCGGAAGUGAGAAAACAAUUGGAUGACUUUGAGGAUCACAGACCAUACUUUACAUAUUGGAUCACUACGGUGCAAGUUCUCAUUCUGAUAAUAUCUUUGGCGUGUUAUGGUUUUGGUCCAUUUGGGGUUGAACUCAACCAUAGAUCGGCAAGGGUUUUGGUAACGAGUUUGUCGUUGCAAGAGGUCGAUUAUCAAGAGCCAGCAAAUUUCUGGUUUGGACCAAGAGCAGCUGAUUUGAUUCAUCUAGGUGCAAAAUUUGCACCCUGUAUGCGUCGAGAUAUUAAAAUAUUAAAAGAGAUCGACAUAUGGAGAGAAAGAGAACGUGAUACUGCUUGCUGCAUUAGAAACGAUGAUUCCGGUUGUGUACAAUCGAGUAAAGCCGAUUGUUCAGUCCGAGGAUUGAAAUCAACAAUUACGAACACAAUAUCAACGUGGAAAAAAUGGGGCCCAGGAGACAGUGGACCUGGUGGACGAAUAAGUGGAUCCGUUUGUGGUUUGGAUCCAAAAUUUUGUGAUGCACCAGCGAGCAUAGCACCAUACGAAUGGCCAGAUGAUAUCACCAAAUGGCCCAUCUGUCGAAAAACUAAUCCAACAAGUCAACGAUACAACAAAAAUUUGAAUCAAAGAGGAAAUGGAAAUUUCCCGAUUGGUGUUGUCAAUAAAGACAAAAUGGCGGAGCACAUGGUUUGCGAGGUGAUUGGACAUCCAUGUUGUAUUGGUAUUCAUGGAAUGUGUAGAAUAACAACAAAAGAAUAUUGUGACUUUGUUGGUGGUUAUUUCCACGAGGAAGCAUCCUUGUGCUCCCAAGUCGAAUGCCUCCAUGACGUUUGCGGUAUGAUACCGUUUCUCCAUCCCGAAUGGCCGGACCAGUUUUACAGAUUAUUCACUACGACCUUCCUUCAUGCUGGAAUUAUACACCUGGCCAUCACCCUGGUGAUUCAAUAUUUCUUGAUGAGAGACUUGGAGAAGUUAACGGGCUCAUUGCGUAUCGCUUUGAUCUAUUUCGUCGGUGCUUUAGCUGGAAAUCUGGCCAGUGCCAUAUUCGUUCCUUACAGAGCAGAGGUUGGUCCAGCUGGUGCACAUUUUGCAUUGCUCGCAACAUUUGUCGUCGAGGUCCUGAAUAGCUGGCAAAUGCUAAAACAUCCUAGACGAGCACUUAUCAAGUUACUCAGCAUACUCUUGGGUUUAUUAAUACUCGGUGUUUUACCAUGGAUCGACAAUUAUGCGCACCUAUUUGGCUUUAUCUUCGGCUUCUUUGCGGCUUACGCAUUCAUGCCAUUCGUAUCUUUCGGCCAUUACGAUAGACGUCGUAAAAUAUUUAUUAUCUGGGUUUGCCUCGUACUCAUAGUCAGUCUAUUCAUUCUACUUCUUGCUCUAUUUUACAACGUCCCUCUCUAUGAUUGCGAGGCCUGCAAGCUGUUCAAUUGCAUACCCUUUACCCGUGACUUUUGCGCCUCGCAAAAUAUCAACAUCAAAAGGGAAGAGCCUGUAUGACACACGGGGCCGCGGUUCAAAGUCGAGCGCGAAGUACCGUUCGGCCCCCGAUCAUCCUACGCUCGUUCUCAUCCUACAUCAACAACAAUAACAACAACAACAAAAACAACAAUUGAAACAACAAUAAAUCCAAAAAUCUCGAUCCAACGGAUUCUCUUAGCCCACCUGGCUAUAAUUCUCUCGAAUCCUCCGUGUACUAUAAGCGUCAUAUGCGAUACCUGAAGGAAUGAUCGAGACGACCCAAUUACUGUCUCUUGUUCUCUUUAAAAUUGUACAAAAAGAAAAGAAGAAAGAACAAAAAAAAGCAAAAGGAUAAGAAAGAAAAGACAAAAAAAGUAACAUUGACGCAUAUAACACAGUGUUGUCUCGAAGAAGCGCAAGAAAUCCGAUAAAGUGGCGAAUCAAUCUGGGAUUCGAUUGAAUAAUAUUCUAAGAAAAAAAAAUAGAGAUAUUAUAUGAUUAAAUAUAUAAUACAUGAUGAAUAUAAGAAGAAAAACAUAUAUUCACCACGUUGUUGUUGUUUUCUGUGCUUCUUUAUCCAUUUCUUCUUCGCUCACUGCCAAGAGAAUGCAAAUUGCGAAGAACGACUACGAUGGCGACUAAACUUACUAAACAAAAAUCGAGAUGAUGAACCGACAUAAUGCCUUAAACAAGUAUAAUCGCAAGUACUCUCUCGUCGUUCUUCUCCUUCUCGAAUAAAUAAAUAAAUAAAUAAAUAAAUAAAUAA